UGGCGGCUUGGAAAAAUGUGUUUUCAUUAUCUUUAAAUGGAGCAUAGUUUCCUAUUCAUGAUUUCAAUUAAACAUGGCUGAUGUUCAAGGUUACUUCAUUCUCUUUCUCAUAAGUGUCAUAUCCAUGAUCUUGCUACCGGUGCUAUUCAAGUUAAGUCGUGGGAAGUCUAAACCUCGCAUUCCACCGAGCCCAUUUGCCCUUCCCAUCAUCGGGCAUCUCCACCUCCUCAGUCCAAGUCCUCAUCGAGCUUUUCAUAAGCUUUCUCUCCAAUACGGGCCGGUUUUUCGCCUCUUGCUAGGCUCCAAACCUUGUGUUGUUGUCGGGUCACCAGAAACAGCGAAAGAAUUAUUUAAAACAUAUGAAAAUCUCUUUCUAGACAGACCCCAUAACUCAUCCAUGGAUUAUCUUGCCUACGGAGGCCGUGGCUUCAUCUUUGCUCCUUACGGAUCCUACUGGAAGUUCUUGAAGAAGAUAGUCAUGUCAGAACUCCUCAAUGCCAAAACACUGGACUCCCUCCUUCCAGUUAGGCACGAUGAAAUUCAUCGGUUUAUAAGAUAUUUAUCAGAAAAGGCCAAAGUUGGGAAGUCGGUGGAACUCGAAGGGGAGUUGAUGAAGAUGACAAGCAAUAUUAUAUCAAGAAUGCUUAUGAGCAACACGUGUACAGACGAAGAGGACGACACAGGGGACAUAAGGAAGAUAGUUACCGACAUAAAUGAACUCAUUGUAACAUUUAACCUUUCGGAUCAUAUAUGGUUCUUGAAGAAUCUUGAUUUGCAAGGGAUUGGAAAAAAGUCAAAGAAUAUUCGUGGAAGAUUUGAUGCCUUGAUAGAAAAGAUCAUGAAGAAGCAUGAAGAGGCAAGAAAGCAGAAGAAUGAGAAGGGAGAAGUUAAGGACUUGCUCGACCUUUUACUCGAUAUCUCAGAAGAUGAACGCAUGGAGAUAAAGUUGACCAGAGAAAACAUUAAAGCCUUCAUUUUGGAUAUAAUUGCGGCAGGAACAGACACUUCCGCCAUUACUACCGAGUGGGCUUUGGCGGAACUUGUAAACCAUCCCAACAUAAUGACAAAAGCAGUAAAAGAAAUCGAGAAAGUUGUGGGAAAAAACAGACUUUUACAAGAAUCAGACAUACCAAACCUUCCUUAUCUCCAAGCAAUCGUGAAGGAAUCACUACGUCUUCACCCCGCAGCCCCAGUGAUUCUAAGACUUUCAACAGAAGGUUGCACUUUGGGAGGUUAUCUUAUUCCAGCAAAGACUAGUAUUCUUUUUAACGUAUGGGGUGUUGGCCGAGAUCCAUCCUAUUGGGAAAACCCACUUGAAUUCAGGCCUGAAAGAUUUGAAGAGAAGCAGUUCGAUCUGAGAGGACAACAGUUUCAGUUGUUACCAUUUGGGAGUGGGAGGAGGAUGUGCCCAGGGAUUUCGUUAGGGCUGAUGCUGGUUCAUGUAACCCUUGGUUGUAUGAUUCAGUGCUUCGAUUGGAAGGCUGGAAAAGAUGGGAAUUUAACUAGUGUUGACAUGGAAGAGGGUAUCGGGAUCACAAUUCCUAGAGCUAACCCUUUGGUUUGUGUUCCUGUUACAAGACUUGAUCCUAUCGCAUUGUCUAUAUAAUAUGUCGAACAUUGAGUUCAAUUCGCAACAAGUUUUUCGGUUU